AUGUUUAAUAUGAACUGUGGAAAUUUAGAGGAAUCUUCGAUGUGUUACAAAGCUACUCUUCAGAUUUAUACUUCUGUUACUGCUGAAGUUCAAUUAAAAACGUUAGUUAAUUCUAAUUCUGAUGUAACAAGUGUAGAAGAUCCAAAAUUUAUAAAACAAGAUCAAGUAGCCAUAGCAAGAUCUGGAUUAAUACAAACUGGUCGAGUUAUUUGUAUAGAACAAUUGCAAUAUUUUCCUCAAUUUGGUCGAUUUACAUUACACGAUAGAGAUCGUAUAGUUGGUAUUGAACAAGUACUUGAAGUAAUUGCAAGUGGGAAAAAGCUGAUUUAA